AUGUUUGCUGAAAAAGAAGAAUUUGUACAAAAAUUAAGAGAACUCGAAGCAAUAUAUUCAUUAGUAAUGAUGAAAAUUCACACUGCUGAAGAUAGUACUGUAAAAGUCCCAGAAGAGUUUUCUAAUGAUUUAACAGAAGACAGAAGUUUUCCUUCUGUUACACUGGAGUCAAAUCGUGGUAAUGAACUAUCUAAUCUGAAUUCACGUUUACCGGACAUUCGUAAUGAACAUCAGCAUAUGCCAUUACCCAUCAAAGAUCAUGAAGAUAAGCCUCUCUUGUCAUUAGAAGAUGCAGUCGAACACUUGCAAGAAAUCAUUCCAAAUAUUAGACAAAAUGCAUUGAUUGCGAAAGAGAGAUCCACUGUAGUUGCUGAUAGACUUUCUCAAGAUGAAUCAGCUGCUAUUCAGCUGUACACGAUGAAAUGGAAACCAAAUAAUCAAUCAUUAUCUAUUCGUAUCAAUGCCGCUCUACGAGAAGAAAAUCGAGAUCAACUCAUUCCGUAUUCGUGCUAUUUAAAACUUGUUCUAACCGCUCUGCGGAAACUGCCAUCAGUCAGAAGGACUGUAUGGUGUGGUGUUAAAGCUGACUUGAGUGCUCAAUAUCUGAUUCGCAAAGAAUUCGUCUGGUGGGGAUUCAAUUCGUGUACGGAAUCACUCCAACUUCUUGAACAUGACAAAUUUUUGAGCAAGACAGGAGUAAGAACAGUGUUUAGUAUCGAAUGUGAAACCGGGAAAUCUAUUCGUGCUCAUUCGUCUUACAAGGAAGAGGAUGAAAUUCUUCUUUUACCGGCUACGCGAAUGAAAGUAGUCGGUCGUGCUGACUUUGGCAACGGCCUAGUUAUCAUUCAUUUGCGAGAGAUUUAA